UUCGCAAGUAAAUUUUCAUUUUUGACUUCUCUGUCAUUUUCCCAGCGACGACAACAAUGGCGUCAGCUUCAAAGAACCCACCGCAAAACCCUUUCUCUUUCAAACCUCCAAGGCCUCCGUCUUCCGGCGCCGCCUCUAUUACCUCCGUCGCCUCCACCUCAUCAGAACCCCAAAUUCGAAUCCCUAACCCUAACCCUAACUCAAACGCCUUACCAUCGACGUCAAAUUCGCAGAUUGCCAUGUCACUGGAGGAUCAAAUCCUCGCAAGCUCCAGUCACCUCACCCGCCCGGAGCUCCUCCGACGCCGAUCGCACAACCUUAAGAAGCUCGCCAAAUGCUACAGGGACCACUACUGGGCUCUAAUGGAGGAUCUCAAGGCGCAGCACAGAGAAUACUACUGGAGAUACGGCGUUAGUCCGUUCAAAGACGAACAGAAUCAACCGAACAAGAGACGGAGGCUGGGUACGGAGGGAGAUACCGGAGACGGCGAUGCUGUUGAAGGCAGUGGAGACAACGGUAGUAACAACAAUGAUGGCGUUAAGGUUGAUCAGUAUGCGAAUAGCAACUGUGGGAGCUGUAUGUAUGGAUGCAAAGCCAAAGCCAUGGCACUUACGAAAUACUGUCAGCUGCAUAUUCUCAAGGAUAGCAAGCAGAAGCUCUACACGGCUUGCACAAACGUCAUCAAAAGAGCUCCAGCAGGGCCAUUGAUAUGUGGGAAACCUACACUUGCAUCGACUGUUCCUGCACUGUGUAAUUCGCAUUUCCAGAAAGCACAAAGGAGCGUUGCUAAAGCUUUAAAAGAUGCAGGUCACAACGUCUCUUCGACAAGCAAACCUCCCCCAAAGCUGCAUGUCAUAGUAGCUGCGUUUGUGCAUCAUAUUCAAGCAAAAAGGAAAAAUCCACGGAGCAACGAGGAGAAACUUAAAAGUGUAGUAAAAGAAGAAAACACAAGCUGAGUCAGAGCCGUUUUGAUUCCCGGAAGGAAACUGUUGCACUGAGUCAUCCAGAAGUGAAAAGGUAUAGCGUUACACUCUCCCACACUGUGCUUGACCUUGUAGCGAUCUGUCUAUUUUUGAAUGGAGAUUAGCUGAAGAUGAAGCGAUCUGUUAAGCAAGCAUGGAAACAACCACUUGGCCACCUGACAUGGCAAAUGGCCAAGCCAGAUAGACACACAAAUGUUUUAAUUAAGCCUUACAAAUCUGUUCUUUGAGACCUUGAUAUGAGGAGAUAUAUAUAAGGUACAAAUUGACUUGAUUCCCGAAUUAUGAGUUUUGGUACGUGUCUGGGCUGCUUAAAGCUUUUGCAUAUAUUCAUCUUUUAUGUUUGUGUGCAAUGAGCUCUGCGUCUUAAGAGAUACUUCGGUGAAUGUUCUUGUGACAAGCAUGGUUGAGAGAAUGCAAAUACGAAUUUACUCCUGAAUGUUAG